AUGGCUGCCCAACCCGAGAAAGCCUUCGUCUUCGAUAACGGAUGCCGCAUCUCACACGGCCAAGCGCAUAUCAAGAAACCAUUCACCGACGUUGACUUGACAAUGCACGAGCUGUGCUAUCAGAGCACAAAAAAGUUCUCUGGUCAGCUCGGCUUCAUUGAAUUCAACACUGGACUGCGCCUACCGCGUCACAUCCACAUGGACUUGUCCAAGCAAAAAUUGCUGGAUGAACGAAUCAUGGUGCUUCACGGGGUGGGAUUGGUGGAGAUUUGCGGUACGCCAUACGUUGUUGGGCCCGGCUCUCUAGUAGACAUUCCUGGUGGAGUGCCACAUACAUGGACCGCCUGUGCGCCGGGUGUGAAAUUGCCAGAUGGCUCGGUCUCGCCGGGGUCCUUUACCAUGGUUUAUGAAUACGAGGAUCCAACCCAGUUCUUCCCAACGGCAUCGACCAAAGUUGCGAAGAACCCUUCAGAUUAUGUUCCUUUCGAGGGCUCCUAUGAUGAGAUUCGUAUGCCGAUAUUGACCGCAGAAGAAGUUGUUGAUAGAUGUACCAUCGUUUUUGACAAAAAGCUCUCCAAGCUUGAAUUGGCAUAG